CUGAAGUCACUCUGACUCUGAAGUUGUGAGGCUGUGACGGUGUCCUAAAAUCAAAUGCACACAGACGCCAGGACUGACAAGGGACAAUGAGCAGCUCCGUCUCUCCAAACGUUUCCUCGACACAGGAAGGUGAAAAGUGUCUAUGAGUCGACCUAAAGUGAGUUCAGCAGGAUGCAGCAGCAGAGACCAGACUAUCCCAGCUGUGUGUCCAUUAAGAGUGAAUGGUCUAUGGAUCGUCCUAUUGACCUUAAAACAGGACAACCUGCUGAUGGACGGAUGCAGCAGCAGAGACCAGACUAUCCCAGCUGUGUGUCCAUUAAGAGUGAAUGGUCUAUGGAUCGUCCUAUUGACCUUAAAACAGGACAACCUGCUGAUGGACGUGUUCAGCAGAAGAGGUCAGAGUUUUCCAGUGAUCAGUCUGGUCAGCAGCAUCAAUCAGAACUGGACUCCAUAUUUAUGCUGCUGGAGGAGAACAUCAUCACUUUUGUGAAGAAGGAGCUGAAGAGGAUCCAGAAGGUUCUUAGUCCAGAUUACCCAGAUUCCUUCAAAAGUCAGAGGGAAAAUAAAGAGGUGGUGGACGGCGAGGAUGAAGAACAGAGGAGGAGCAGCAGAGAGGCAUUUCUGAAGAUAACACUGCACUUUCUGAGGAGAAUGAAGCAGGACGAGCUGGCUGACUGUCUGCAGAGCAAAACACAUGCUCCAGAGUGCCGACAUAAACUGAAGUCUAACUUGAAGAAGUUCCAGUCUGUGUUUGAGGGGAUUGCUAAAGCAGGAAACCCAACCCUUCUGAAUCAGAUGUACACAGAGCUCUACAUCACAAAGCGAGGGACUGCAAAGGUUAAUAAUCAACACGAGGUCAGACAGAUUGAAACAGCAUCCAGGAAACCAGAUGGAUCAGAAACAAAAAUCAGACAAGAAGACAUCUUUAAAAGGCCACCUGGAAGACAUGAACCAAUCAGAACAGUGAUGACAACGGGAGUGGCUGGCAUCGGGAAAACAGUCUUAACACAGAAGUUCACUCUGGAUUGGGCUGAAGACAAAGCCAACCAGGACAUCCAGUUCACAUUUCCAUUCACCUUCAGAGAGCUGAAUGUGCUGAUAGAGAAAAAGUUCAGCUUGGUGGAACUUGUUCAUCACUUCUUUAGUGAAAUCAAAGAAGCAGGAAUCUGCAGGUUUGAAGAGUUCCUGAUUGUGUUCAUCUUUGACGGUUUGGAUGAGUGCCGACUUCCUCUGGACUUCCUCAACACUGAGGUCCUGACUGAUGUUACAGAGUCCACCUCAGUGGAUGUACUGCUGACAAACCUCAUCAGGGGGAAACUGCUUCCCUCUGCUCGCCUCUGGAUAACCACACGACCUGCGGCAGCCAAUCAGAUCCCUCCUGAGUGUGUUGACAUGGUGACAGAGGUCAGAGGGUUUGCUGACCCUCAGAAGGAGGAGUACUUCAGAAAGAGAUUCAGAGAUGAGGAGCAGGCCAGCAGAAUCAUCUCCCACAUCAGGACAUCACGAAGCCUCCACAUCAUGUGCCACAUCCCAGUCUUCUGCUGGAUCACUGCUAUAGUUCUGGAGGAUGAAUUGAAAACCAGAGAGGGAGGAGAGCUGCCCAAGACCUUGACUGAGAUGUACAUCCAUUUCCUGGUGGUUCAGUCCAAAGUGAAGAACAUCAAGUAUGAUGGAGGAGCUGAGAUGGAUCCACACUGGAGUCCAGAGAGCAGGAAGAUGAUCGAGUCUCUGGGAAAACUGGCUUUUGAGCAGCUGCAGAAAGGCAACCUGAUCUUCUAUGAAUCAGACCUGACAGAGUGUGGCAUCGAUAUCAGAGCAGCCUCAGUGUACUCAGGAGUGUUCACGCAGAUCUUUAAAGAGGAGAGAGGACUGUACCAGGACAAGGUGUUCUGCUUCAUCCAUCUGAGUGUUCAGGAGUUUCUGGCUGCUCUUCAUGUCCAUCUGACAUUCAUCAACUCUGGAGUCAACCUGCUGACAGAAGAACAAACAACAUCCUGGUGGCCAAAAGUGUUCAGAGACAAAACCGCACGUUUCUACCAGAGUGCUGUGGACAAGGCCUUACAGAGUCCAAAUGGACACCUGGACUUGUUCCUCCGCUUCCUUCUGGGUCUUUCACUAGAGACCAAUCAGAAACACCUACGAGGCCUGCUGACACUAAAAGGAAGUAUUUCACAGACCAAUCAGGAAACAGUCCAGUACAUCAAAAACAAGCUCUGUGAAAAUCUGUCUCCAGAGAAAAGCAUCAAUCUGUUCCACUGUCUGAAUGAACUGAAUGAUUGUUCUCUAGUGGAGCAGAUCCAACAGUCCUUGAGUUCAGGAAGUCUCUCCACAGAUGAACUGUCUCCUGCUCUGUGGUCAGCUCUGGUCUUCAUCUUACUGUCAUCAGAAAAAGAUCUGGACGUGUUUGACCUGAAGAAAUACUCUGCUUCAGAGGAGGCUCUUCUGAGGCUGCUGCCAGUGGUCAAAGCCUCCAACAAAGCUCUGCUGAAUGGCUGUAACCUGUCAGAGAGAAGCUGUGAAGCUCUGUCCUCAGUUAUCAGCUCCCAGUCCUCUAGUCUGAGAGAGCUGGACCUGAGUAACAACGAGCUUCAGGAUUCUGGAGUAAAGAUUCUGUCUGCUGGACUGGAGGUUUCAGAUUGCAGAUUGGAAAUUCUCAGUCUGUCAGGCUGUCUGAUCUCAGAGAAAGGCUGUGCUUCUCUGGCCUCAGCUCUGAGCUCCAACCCCUCCCAUCUGAGAGAGCUGGACCUGAGCUACAAUCAUCCAGGAGACUCAGGAGUUAAUCUGCUGUUUGCUGGACUGGAGGAUCCAAACUGGAAACUGGAUACUCUCAGACUGGACUAUGGUGGACCACAGAGACUGUGUUCUGGUCUGAGGAAGUAUGUCUGUGAACUGGAACUGGACACAAACACAUUACACAGAAGACUCAAACUGUCCAAAAACAGCAGGAUGGUGACAUAUGUGAGAGAGGAGUAUCAGUCACAUGCUGAUCAUCCAGACAGGUUUGACUGGUGGCCUCAGCUGCUGUGUAGAGAUGGUCUGACUGGUCGCUGUUACUGGGAGGUCGUGUGGAGAGGAAGGGUUCAUAUAUCAGUGAGUUACAGAGGAAUCCGAAGGAGAGGAGACAGUAAAGAAUGUGUGUUUGGAGGGAAUGAUCAUUCCUGGAGUCUGGUCUGUGCUGAUGAUAAUGGCUACUCUGUUUAUCACAGUGACAGAGAAACAUCCAUCCCCUCCCCUUCUUCCUCUUCCUCCUCCCCCUCCUCUGUCUCUCACAGAGUCGCAGUGUAUGUGGACUGUCCUGCUGGCACUCUGUCCUUCUACAGAGUCUCUUCUGACUCACUGAUCCACCUCCACACCUUCAACACCACAUUCACUGAUCCUCUCUAUCCUGGGUUUGGGUUCUGGCCUGAUUCCUCAGUGUCUCUGUGUUCUCUGUAG